AUGGAGCGGGAGCGGUUGCUUCGCGGGGUGUCGGUGCUGCAGGCCUGCGUCCGGGGCUUCUUGGUCCGACGCCACAUCCAGAGACUGCGAGAUGAGUAUGAGGCUGUUGUACGCGAAAUCGAGGGUGACCUGGGCACGCUUCAGUGGACAGAGGGUUGGAUUCCCAGGCCCCAGUUUCUCCCAGAGAAAGCAAAAUCCCAUCGGACCUGUAAACCCCAAGAGAGGGCACCAAAUCCAGAACAGCAAUGGCGGGGCCGCUUCUCAUGUAAAGAACCUGAGAGAGAAGCUGUCUUUGGGGAGAUGAUGCUGAAGCAAUCAGGACAGAGCUCAGCAAACUCGGGAAGUCUUCCCUGCAGAGGUGACAGUCCCCCGCCUCAGGAUGAGCACAGCAGGCAAGCCAGGAAUCCCAGCCAAGAGGAGACCAGAGCUAUGUCAGGGAUGGAAAACCCAGAAGCUGUAGGUCCAGAACUGCCCCACAGCCAGACCAAGCUUCAGGAACUCCAGUACCACCACAGCCACUUGGCCAUGGAACUGCUGUGGCUACAACAGGCCAUCAAUAGCCGUAAGGAGUACCUAAUUCUCAAACAGACACUGACAUCCCCGGAGGCGAGCCAGAUGAGAGACAAGCCCAGCAUGUGCCCAGACCACAGGGCUCAGACCUGUGUGAGGGCUGGGUCACAAACAAGCCCACCACUGAAAGACAAGUUCUACAGAGAGAGGACCAUUAAAGACCCAGACCAUGUAGAUAACUCCUCCUGGAGGCUGAAAUCACAACCCCACAAGUCCCUGGAAAGCCUGGCCACUACAGACAAAACCACUGCUGGGGUCAAGUACAGGGAUCCAUGCAACAGGAGGGCUAGAGCACAGCUGCCCACACUAUCCAAUAACCAGGCCUUAGAGAACAGGCUCACUAGAGAGCCACACCGUGGAGGGCCCUGCCUGCAGUUGAUGAGAGUCCCGGAGGACCAGAUCCCCAAAGGCCUCGAACCUAGGGGCUACUGUUCUGAAAAAGCCAGGAUGCAGGUGCCCACACUCGGUGAGGACCUGGAUAUUGAGGAUAAGUCUCCCAGAAAGCCAGAACGCAAAAAGCCUGAUUUGCAAAGAGCUAGGCCACGAGAGUUGGACCUCUCAGAGGACCAUGGCAUCUGGGAUGAGACCUUGGCAGAGCAUGGUGGCCAGGAUCUCUGGGAGACUAAGCCACCCAAGGGCCAGAUCCCUAGUGAGAAAAGCUCCAGAGAUAGAACCUCCAGUGAACCUAGCCAUGAACAAUCGACAAACCAGAGGGCUGUACCAUGGCGAUCGAGGCCACCUAAGAAACUGUCUUUGACAGAGUCUGCCCACACAGGAGAGGACCACUGGAAGGACAAGCCAUGGAAAACAGGACCACCAGGCUAG